CGAGGGGGCGAUUGAGGAGAUUGGGCCUAAGAGCGUGGUGGGCGUGGUCAUGGACAAUGCCAGAGUUUGUGUGAAGGCUGGAAAGAUGGUGGAACAAAAGUAUCCAUGGAUCUUCCGGGUUGAUUGUACGGCACAUGCCCUCGACCUUGCCUUGGAGGACAUGAACAAGUCGUUAGAGUGGUUCAGAACGACGGUGAAGAGGGGGAAUCAAUUGGGGAAGUUUAUCAUGAACCACGACAAGGUGCGGGCUUUAUUCCUCAGCAAAUCCGGAGGUGCACAGAUCAAGAGGCCGGGUGUGACUCGAUUUGCCACAAACAUCAUCAUGCUGAAGUCGCUGUCGGAUGUGAGCAAUGCCCUCAAGGUGGCAGUGGGCGAUAAGGGGUGGGUGCCCGACAUUGUGCGGCCCGACCUUGCCACGCAGUUCGAGGAGGCGACAACAACAGUGUUGGACGAUACAUUUUGGGAUGAUGUCGACAAGGCGUUGCCGACAACAGAUUCAAUCAUGGCGCUUCAAAGGCUCGUAGAUGGUCCCGGUGGAACGCUACCUAAGGUCUACCAUCGGAUGGACACCGUUGUGGAGUCCAUCCGUAAAUUGGACGUGCUAACAGACCAUGAGAAGGGGGAGGUGGAGGUGAUCCUUAUGGAUCGCUGGGCAUUCAUGACAUCAGAGUUGCAUUGUGCAGCUGCCUUCUUGGACCCAGAGUAUAGAGCUGACGGCUACUUCAAGGACACCGAGAUCCGGGCUGGAUUCAACAUUUGGUUGUACACGUGGUGCAAGCCUGAGCAAUUCGAUGAUAUCAGCUGGCAGGUGGACGAGUGGGUGCACUUCAAGGGGUCUUUCCAGUUAGAGGAAUCGAUGUGCACGGCGAGGACAAAGACGCCUGCGAUGUGGUGGGAUGCAUUUGGGUCGCGACUGUACCUUUUGCAGCCUCAAGCCAUCAGACUGCUCGGCCAGGCAAGCUCAUCUGCUGCAUGCGAACGCAACUGGAGCUUACAUGAGCUCAUUUUCGGGAGGAGGAGGACGAAGAUGUUGCCAACCCACCUGUCGAAGUUGGUUUACAACAACUGGAACCUCCACCUGCAAUGGAGGCAAGAACACGGUCAGGGCGAGGUUGAUGUUCACAUCCCUUGGUUGGAGGACAUGCCUGAUGAGGAGAGGGAGCACGAGGUGGAGGCGUAUUACAAUGAGUGGGUGCGGCGUGUCAAGAGGCGUGCGAAGGAUGGGGGGAGUGACUUGGAGGAAGGAGAUGGGGGAGGAGUGGGGGAGGAGGAGGAUGACGAAGUCCCUAUGGCACGGAGGUGGCUGCACAAUGACGACAUGGACGACUACAUGGACCACGGCAUCAGGCAGCUCAACAAUUACACACACCAUUGGCACUUCAACACAAUGCCGGGGAGGCACCGAGAACGUCUCUUGAGGAGGCUGUCAGGCCAAGAGCGGCCAGCACCGGAAGUCCAGUACAACUUGGAGGAGCGGGACCGUGCACUGCGGGCCAAGGAGACGGGGGCAUGGGUGGAUGGCAGGGAAGAAGGUGGAAGCAGGAGGCAGCAUCGGCGAGCACGUCCUGGCGAGGGGGACGGUGGCAGGAAGCGUACCGCGGAGGUAGACAUUGCGCCUGCUCCGAAAUGGGGAAGAGGACGACCGAGCAACAAGGAGAAGGCAGAAAGAAACGCAGCAGAGAAAGCUGUGAAGAAGGCGUCCGCAUCUGCGAAGAAAAAGAGUUCUGCUGCAAAGAAAAAAGCAGCAGCAGCGAAGAAAAAGAAGGGGAAAGUCAUUGACGAUGACAACACCCCUCCGUGUUCGGCUUCAUCGUCGUCGUCCUCUGAUGAUGAUGACGGUGAUGAUGAUGCCGAUGGUGCGGAAUGUGCCGAGAUCGAGCACCCUCCGUACGGAUCUCCGCACGGAUCCGGUAUGUGCGGGUGCGGUUCGUGCGGUUGCAAGUAUGAUUAAAGGGUAUAGCCAAGGAACAAAAUUGAGUAUUUAUC